AUGCAAUCUGCGGGGCCCAACUCGGUUUCGGCGGGGUAUGUGUACGUCGAGGUGGAGGACGAUCCGUUCCUCAGCGUCCCUGCGCGGGGACAACCAUCUCGUGCAAGUUCUAGCUCUCGGUCUGGCUCUGGCUCUGGCUCUGGUUACGAGUAUAGCUCUGGCGCUGGUUAUGGCCACGGAUACGGUCCUGUCGGCGGGCGACAACAGGUGACCUCCCCCAGUAUGCUCAGCGAUGACGGCGCUGAGGACGGGGUCCCGUACGACACGCUCCGGCACAAAUCUAUUCGGCGUGGGAUCCUCGAACGGCUGAAAUUCGGGACGGUGCGCCGCCCCGCGUCGCAGGAGACGGUCAGUAGCCCCACGGCGUCCACCGUGCAACACCGCCCUGGGCACCGUCGCGCGGACUCGGACUUCAACGUCGACGAUGUACAGACCGCCGUCUCGAGCGCGAGCGCAAACAUGUACUCGGGCACGACUGCCGCGAGCGUAUACUCGGGCAGAUACGUAAAACGGUACCAUGCCGAGACAAGAGAUAUGUUGUCACGGGCGAAGAAGCUUUUCGGCGCAAUAGUGGCUAUAAAUUCACCGGGCUAG